ACAAAUGGCGCUAGAAUCAAAACAUGGGCGCCUUCUUUUCCUUCCAGGGUUUUCAAUCUCACCUUUGCAGAUAUCACUUUAAACAAUGUUACCAAUCCAAUUUUAAUCGAUCAACAUUAUUGCCCAAACUCACAUUGCACGUCUAAGUGUUGAUGCAGGGAGAAUCACAAGUCCAUAUCUCUGAGGUCGAGUUCCACAACUUUACGGGUUCUUCUCCAAAUAAGGAGGCUGUCAUUCUCAAUUGUAGCUCACUUAUGCCAUGUGAAGCUAUUAUCUUAGGAGAAUUGAAUAUAAGAGACAACCUAGGAGGACCUACCAUGCUCACAUGUACAAACGUUCAUGGAAUAUCCUACGAAAGUGCAUCUUCAAUCAUUUGUGCGGAUAAUGGCAUUGCUCCAAGUGGUGAGGUGGUUGGAACCUCUCCAGUUGGAAGUAUUGGGAUGGCCCCCAGUACUCCUAUAGGUGCUCCCAGUAGAGAGGUAGGAAUUGCACCCAAUGGGGUGGAAAAGAUUGCCCCAUGCAGCAAGGUAGUAUAUGCCCCGAGCAAGGGAAGAUCUAUAUUGAACUAUAGUGGGUAGAAGCAUACACUUUAUUUAUUUUCUACCUUUCAGUGUAACCUAUUUCUUUUUAAUAUUUAUUCCACUCUGUAUAUGGUUAAAUCUAGUAUUGUGAUAACUUUUCAGCCCAGUUUAGCCUAUGUUUCUAGAUACAUCAAAGAUGAAACUUCUAAGAUUGGUGAAAUUCCCACAUGUGGUAAGGCCGGGGUUGUCCCUGAUGAGGAGAAUGUGAUUUUUUCAUAAAUUAAGUGAGCAGGUUACUGGGAUUGGAUCUCAAAUUGUGAGGAUGUCAUUUUUCACACAAGAGAUUGGGGUUGAACUAGGAGAUGAGGAAGAGACUUUCUCACACUACCAAAGUGCAAAUCACGCAGUUGAUAAAGUAAGAGGUUGAAAUCAAUUUCAUUGAGCUCAAAAGGUGGAACUACAAAAUAAU